AUGGCGCCUGCAUACACGCCCGCGUCCAAUCGCAAGCGUCCACAAAGCGUCCAUAUAUGCACCCGCACCCGCCACCUCGCGACGCGCGACCCUUAUCUCCCACGCGUGACCGCGACCCCCUCGGGGCUCUCGCAGCCCAAAGGAGCGCGCCCCGAGUCACCUGAUCCGCCGCACACGACACCGAGGUACAAUCCCGAACCGGGCGUCCCUGUCUCUCCAGAUCGAGCGUGCACGCCCCCACGGGGCACGAAGAUCCGCAGCCGCGCAAUAAGCUCGUUGCCGAGCGUCUGCGCGUCCCUAGAGCGGCGCGAGCCCACGGCGCCACGCCCUCACGUCGUCAUCCAGCGAAGACGCACAUAUGCACGCGUGCGCUCCCUCGCGGCGCGGCACAGCCAGCCCGCCAGCCCGCCGAUGCGAUGCACACCGCGUCCCAUCCCUCCGGCCGCGUGGCCCCCACCUGGCCACAUCCGCGCUCGGCGGACGUCUCGCGCGUGA